AGCAUCUGUCCAAAGUCCUUAAUAUUGUCUAGAUCUUGUGCAGCAAGUGCCACAACCAGGCUAGUUGAGCAGAAUUUACGCAAUGAAGCGGCUCAGGGAAUAAAUGGAAGUGUGCCAGUCAAACAGUCCCCACGUUCAGCUUCAAAUCCAAAGCCACAAGUGCCUCCAAAGCCAAUUCAUCUACAGAAGGUGUCACCUGUUACAUACCAAACCCCUAGGCAUAAAGCUUUAUCAAAUCAGAAAUCAAGAAUGGAGGAAGAGACACCCACCCCUGUUUCUACUGUUGCAAAGGAGAAGUCCAGUAAAGUGUCAGAUCUCAUCAAUCGUUUUGAGGGAAGCAGCUCAUUAAAUCCUAGUGAUUUGAAGAAAGAUUCCUCUGUUCUCCACAUUUCUAAAUCUCAAGGAAGAUAUGGAUCAACACCAUCACCUCAGCCAAAACUCCCAUCCCAGCACCCACUACAAAAACAGGGAAACAGUAAUACCGACAAAACUCAGGUUGCACAAUUACACACAGCCAAUGGAGUAGUAGCACAAAACCAGAUGGAAGAUGAGGACAGGAGAUUACCACAUUGUGGCUCUGCUAUGUCCACCUUGGUUCUGGAUAAUGCCAUCAACAGCAGCUUGAUAAAUGGGGAAAGAGAAAGUACUUCCAGAGAGUCAUUGCAAAGUAUGACUUCUUGUGAAGGACAGGUGCUUAACAGUUGCUACAGGACGCCAAGCAGCGAUACGCUUCUCCCAUCUGAUAAUGAAGCUCUAGAAAUUAAUACCAAUGUGGAAGAAGAACCAACUGAGGAAAUCAGUAAGCAAGAUCUACCUGUAGAAACAAAGGAGACAGAUGAACAGAAACGUCACAAAAUUGCCAGUGAACUUCUGCAAACAGAAAAAGCCUACGUUAGCAGACUUGACCUCCUAGAUGGGGUAUUCUAUUCCAGACUCCUUGAGGAAGCCAACAGAGGUUCAUUUCCAGCUGAAGUGAUAAACAAAAUAUUUUCAAACAUUUCAUCGAUAAAUGCCUUCCACAGUAAAUUCUUACUUCCAGAACUUGAGAAAAGAAUGCAAGAAUGGACUACCACCCCCAGAAUUGGAGAUAUUCUGCAAAAGUUAGCUCCUUUCCUCAAGAUGUACGGAGAGUAUGUGAAGAAUUUUGAUAAUGCCAUGGAAUUGGUGAAAACGUGGACUGAACGGUCACCUCAAUUCAAAUUUAUUAUUCAAGACAUUCAGAAGGAAAAAGUGUGUGGAAAUUUGACAUUGCAACAUCACAUGCUAGAACCAGUACAACGCAUUCCACGCUACGAGAUGCUUCUAAAGGACUACCUAAGGAAAUUGCCUCAGGAUUCUCUAGACUGGAAAGAUGCUGAAAAAUCGCUGGAAAUUAUAUCCACUGCAGCAAGUCACUCCAAUAGUGCAAUAAGAAAAAUGGAGAAUCUAAAGAAAUUGUUAGAGAUAUAUGAGAUGCUGGGAGAAGAGGAAGACAUUGUGAACCCUUCAAAUGAACUGAUAAAAGAAGGACAGAUCCUUAAACUCGCUGCUCGCAAUACGUCUGCUCAAGAACGGUAUCUUUUCCUAUUUAACAAUAUGUUGCUCUACUGCGUGCCUAAAUUCAGCUUGGUUGGAUCAAAGUUCUCAGUUCGAAACAGAGUUGGCAUAGAUGGUAUGAAGAUUAUAGAAACUCAUAAUGAAGAAUAUCCACACACUUUUCAAGUGUCUGGAAAAGAGCGAACACUGGAGUUGCAGGCAAGUUCUGAACAAGAUAAGGAAGAAUGGAUAAAGGCGCUUCAGAAUACUAUAGAAGCUUUUCAGCAGAGGAAUGAAACUUUCAGAAAUGCUAUUGCUAAAGAAUAUGAAGAUAUGCCUGUUGAGGUUUCUAACGCUGAGCUUGGGAAGAGAGCACCAAGGUGGAUACGAGACAACGAAGUAACCAUGUGCAUGAAAUGCAAGGAGCCCUUUAAUGCACUGACAAGGAGAAGGCAUCACUGCCGAGCAUGUGGACAUGUUGUUUGCUGGAAAUGUUCUGAUUAUAAGGCACAUCUCGAAUAUGAUGGUAAUAAAUUGAACAAAGUCUGUAAGGACUGCUAUCAUGUUAUAAUUGGUUGUACAGACAGUGAAGAAAAGAAGAGGAAAGGCAUAUUGGAG